UGACCGGAGUUUAGCCUGCAACUCGAGAUGUCGUGCACAACUCAGCGCCUUUUACGCACGGUGACUGAUCGUGACAGCCCAGCGGGCACGUUACGUAAGCGCGCAGCCACAGUGGGCAUUUAAACAGUGAGGCUGCGAAGCUCCAGCUGGAAACUUUUCCUCUGCCGUUGAGACCAACGUGUCUUCAUCCAGGCUCUGCACAGUUUCUCUGUCUAGAUAUGUCUUCUUAUAACAACAGCGUGUGUUUGAACGAGGCCAGGAGAGUAGCGAUUUUCGGAGGGACUCAUGGGAACGAGAUGUCCGGCGUGACGCUCGUGAACCUGUGGGUGAAGAAUAGCGCCGAGAUACAGAGGAAAGGGGUCGUGACCAAACCUUUCAUCACCAACCCGAGGGCUGUGGAGAAAUGCACCAGAUAUGUGGACACGGAUCUGAACCGAGCCUUCACACCAGAAAACCUCAGUGCCCUGGAGGGAGAUGACCUGCCCUACGAGGUGAAGAGAGCUCAGGAGAUCAACAGGAUAUUUGGACCUAAAGGAAGCCCAGAGGCCUACGAUGUCAUCUUUGACCUCCACAACACGACGUCCAACAUGGGCUCCACUCUAAUUCUGGAAAGCUCCAAAGACCACUUCAAUCUGCAGAUGAUGAACUACAUCAAGAAAGCCAUCGCUCCAGCCAGCUGUCUUGUUCUGCUGAAUGAACACCCUCUUCUGAAAUAUUCCACUUCACGCUCUGUAGCCAAGCACCCUGUUGGUCUGGAAGUGGGUCCUCAGCCUCAAGGUGUUUUGAGGAGUAACAUCUUUGAAGCUAUGAGGGCAAUACUGAAACAUGCCCUGGACUUCAUCGAUCUGUUUAAUGAAGGUAUGGAGUUCCCUCCCUGUACAGUGGAAGUUUUCCGGGUCACAGAGAGGAUCGACUACCCCAGAGAUGCCAACGGAAACAUCAUUGCCAUGGUGCACCCCAAUCUGCAGGACUGCGACUGGGAGCCGCUGAACCCCGGUGACCCUAUGUUCCAAACGUUUGAUGGGAAGACCAUCCACUACCAAGGCUCUGGAACCGUCUAUCCCACUUUUAUUAAUGAGGCAGCCUAUUAUGAAAAACAACAGGCGUUUGUAACCACCAGGCGAGAAACCUUGGUGGCAAGCAGCAUCAGAAAAGCAUAAAAACUGGUUUGUAAGGCUAACAGCGAUCUUGAAUAUGUGCUAGUCACAGCAACAUGUAUAGAUUUUGCACUUUGUUCUGUUAGCAAAUGACAGACUUUCCUCACAUAUUGAUUAGAUACCAUCUUUUACACUCUGAUUUAGUUUUUUAUGCGUUUACUAUCAGAAAAUCAAUUAACUAUGCAAAGAACAUUUGUGGAGGCUUUGCAAAGAGUCACUGUGAAAGUCUUUCAUCUGAAGACUGGUAUAUCGUUGUGAUAAGUAUUUAUGAUACUAUUGUUAUUUAAAAACCUAUUUACAUUAAAUCAACUAAAUUUUUAUAAUAUUAAAGGCCAGGCUUAAUCAUGGAUGACUUAUGAAUCCUUAUACACCAUUCUUUAAGUUUCCUUUUUACUGCUCAGGAAGGCCAUUGAGGAUCAUAACCUGCAACUUUUGACCCAAAACUGUAGUCAUUUGUCUUCUUCUGAAAUUAUACUUGUAAAAUCUUCGGGAGGGUUUUUGUGGCCUUUGAUACUACCUACCUGUAACUCCAGUGGUUGCAUCUGUGGUGCUGUCCUAUUGUUGCCUUAAAAAAAAAAGAGAGAUUUCAGUGAAAAUUGCACAACAAAUUUGGAGUGGAAUUUGUAGAUUACGUGUUGGAUAACAAGAUAUUAUUUUGAUAAGAAAUGGUAUGUGUUCUGUUCCUCAAUACAAAUGGGAUGCAGUUUGAAACAUGUUUUAUAAUAAUAUAUAUGUGUCUAUUUUGAUAUCCUUGUACUGUAUGUUUGGUUUUAAGUGAUGUAUAGGACUUGAAUAAUGGAAAGCAUAUGUACUUUCUAAUGUUUUUACGUCUUUGUUGUCUCAAAGUGUAUCGCUGUGGUCUUACAGUCAUUCAUUUUUAUAAUGUUAAUUCAUUAUUUUUGGUAGCAACAUUUAUAAGAUUAGUAAAACUCACUGUCUUUGAUGUCCUGUGGAAAUUGUCCAAUCAAUAA